UUUUCAUAAUCUUUAAUAGAAACAGCACUGCAGAAGAUGUAGAAUAUUUCAAGAGAGCAAAAUCUUAUUGUCAAAAAGUAGCAGUGAUACUUUUGAUGAUUAAUCAUUUCCUUGGUAGUCUACACCUUCAACUUUGUUGUGGCUUCUACUUUCGCAUUCGGAGGGAGUGGUGGGGUCCCAGGCAUCCUCUGAUAUAUUUUGGAUUUUGCUUUCAUCUUUCUUGGUCUGUUUACAUUUGGAUUAUUUGUUGGCAAAUAAAGGAAUCAAAUUUAUAUUAAGCCUCAUCAUUGGAGGAGCUGGGUUCUUGAAUAUUAUGAACCUAAUCAUUCUUUCAGUCAUUUCUAAAAAUGACUGAGAGGAUUCAUUUGAUUGUCCUCUUUAUGGAAGUAUUCCAGUGGUUGUGAUUAAUCUUCUAUUUAUUUGUGCUUUGGCAUUCCCAAGUCUGUAUUUUACAGCAGUGAUUUUAGCUCAUGUUCAUUCUUAGGAUCUGAAGAGAAUUCCUGACGAGGGAGAAGAUGUAGAUGCAAACCCUGCUGUAGUUGUUGAUAUGGACGGUCCAAUCCAAACUAUGGCCCCAAAUAUCAUAAGGAUCAAUAACCCCUACAUUGAUUCAAAUCCAGAAAAUCCGCAACCUCACUUAUUUAUGUCUCAGCCUCACCAAGUAAUUCCCACGCCAUCUGCACCAACCGAUCUCAACAUAGGAAUCCAAAUAGGAGUACAGCCUGCUCCAAAUCGUGCUAAUCUCAACAUCUCAAAAUCUCAAAAACAUUACAAUCCAAGUGCUCCUGCAAAAUAUAUGCCUCGCGGCCCAGCGGCCACUGGAAAUGGAGAAAUUGAAAUCGGUCAACUGGUCUAAGCUAAUUUAAUGUGCUAAAUAAUGACAUUUAUGAAUAA